AUGGCAUUGCGUCUUCACGUCGACGAUAAUCGACUGAACCCGAAUUUCGUAGGCAUCUUCUUUUUUUUGCUGUUUUUUUGACUUUCGCGAGAAAACAAACGAGUUUAAGAAGCUGUGCAGCAGUAUGAAAAUUGAAAUCGAAAAAGUUCCUUGGUUUUCAAAUUUCGAAAAUUAAAAAAGGGAAAAGAUCGAAAUUUAAAAAUAACAGAAUCAGGCUAAAAAGCUCGAUUUAAAAAGAUUGUGUUGAAAAUUGAAUGUGUAAACAAUUACUCAGAUUUUUUCUGAAUUGCUGGCGUUGAACGUGAAUAAAAAGAAAUAAAAUGUCUCUCUUCUUGUAGCCAGAUUAAUCAUAGCGUCUUUCAAAUUUAUUUCCUACAUGCCAUUCGCAGAUGGGUGUGUGAAACUGAGAAAUGGUCCUUUUUUCUGCAGCUCGAGCCGUCUAGAUGUAUUUCUUCCCGAAUUUCUUCUGCGUCUGCGUGGGACAGCAUACGGAUGUCCGUCGUUUCAAUUGGAAAGGUGAGAUUUUCCGUUGUGUUUGGGAAAAACUUUUCUACAAAUUUUCUAUUGAUUAAUCAAAAAGAAGUUAUUCCAAAAGCUUCACCAGACUACUCCAUGAGAGUUAAAUCUCAGAUUUGAUUAAAAAAACUCUGUGGUUAAGUACUCGGAGAAAGUACUAAAAAUAGCUGCCAGUGACGAAAGUUUGGUUCAUCGUUUAUAGACUUCUAUUUAAAAAAAUUUAGAAUCCUGAAUCUAAAGGGGAAUAGUUCAGAAUUAAUAGCCGCGCAAAGUGAACAUAUUUAAUCAAAAAUUUAAGCUAAUUUAUUUGCGCAAAAAAACUGAUGGAAAAAAAUUGAUGCUGCAAUAAUUUUUGUGUUCUACUCGUCAAUAAUGAUGGGAUUGAUUAGAAAAGAGAAAAAAAAGCUGGGCUGGAUUUUAAUACGGGUCUCUUCAUUAAUUUGAUUGGCCUUCUUCCCUUGCAUCGAGCUUCAAUAACUAUUUCUUAGCUGGACCACUUUUUCGAAAAAAAUGGUGAGAUUAAUCAGAAUGAGUCUACUCAUAUCUUAUUUUGAAAGUUUUUCAGGUGUUUCUUUUUGCUCCUUGCUCUCGACAUAAAUGUUGUCUCGGCUGUGUUUCUUUGAGAGACGCCGUACCUCUUAUUUGUGUUACAGAACUUUUUUCAUUAAGUUAAGAACCUUGUUUUUGCAAAAAAACUUGGUUUGGCUUUAGCAUUUUUGACCAUGGUUGUUUUGGAUUUUUAUCUGACAAACGGGAAAGCUUUCUACACUAAUUUCUACGAAGGACACGGCAAUCAAAUAGCAAAGUUUUACGCAAUAUUUUUACUGGCCACCGUUCCAAUUAUACGUGAGUUUGCAAGAACAUUUAAAAAAAUGAGAAAAAAAUUUUUAAAAAAAUUUUCAGUUUUAACAUUAUUUGCUUGGCACAAACGAAAAAGCACUUGUACAUUUUUCACGUCAUUUGGCAAGUUAGUAGCGUGAUCAAUGAACUAGCUGAUAUCUCUCUUUUACAGUGGACUGUUGUUGAAUUAUUUUUUUUCUAUGCUUACACGGUUUUCGGCUGGAUUAGCAGUUCGAACGAGACGGGUGAACGGCAAAUCUUACUUCCUUCAGCGACUGUUUUAAUUGUGGCACUGGUCUUUGGGGCCUUAGUUGAAACCUGGUGGUAAGAAUUUUCAAACAUACCAUUAUGGAGUGAAAUAGUCGAAUUCCUGGAUUUCUAUGGACUCGAAAACCCAAAAUAUUGAGGCUUUUCGUGUUUGUUGAUGCCAUGUUUUUCGAACAAAUUGUAUCUCAUCGAAGAUAUUCUUCGUCAGUCCACAGCAAAAGGACGUCUCAAACUUUGAAGGUUUGACAGAAAAAUAAUAACCAACUUGCUAUAAACCUUUACAGGCCGAAUCAGACUCCGAGGCUGAAAGCAGACGGAAUUCAAUGACGAUACCAAUAGUGCGGGUAUACAUUGUGGGAAUCCACUGAUCCCAAAGAAGUUUUCAGAUAGAAAGAACUUUCUCAGGCGAUUGGCAGGAUCAAUUUGAUCAAGAUGUUCAUUCGACGAGAUCGUGUCAACUUUAGGAAUAUACAUUUAAAUUUUCUGAAAAUUGAGAAACAGAAAAUUUAUCUAAACUCAAAAGAGGUCGUGAAAAUCAAAGCAUUGAAAUAAAACUUAACAUCGCUGGUAAUGAAGUUCUGAAACAAGAUGCACUGAAAACAUAAAAAAAUAUUCAAAUGUCGACAAUCUGUACAUUUUUUCAAAUUGUAGAGUAAAUGUUGGUUGAUGAGUCAGCCCCAAAAAAGCUCACAUCUGUGCCUUUUUUCCCCGUUUUCCGCCAAAUGCAGAGAGCAACAUUUCCGAAAUAUUUUGGGAAAGAAGCGAAAACGUUUCCACAGUUCUUCUACGGCAUUGCUGGUGUACGGCCAUUUUCACCUACACGGCUUUUAUUUGCUGUUUUUGAAAUGAAUUUUCCAGGCAACCCGUAGUUUGAGGUUGUCACCAUUAAAUCCUUCAAGCCUCUAACUGAAGAAAGCCUACUAAUACAGAAAGAUUUUUGUUCUUUCCGGCUGCUCUUCCGUUAUCGAAAACCUUCGCUGGCUCUGGGAUUCGCAGAAUUCUUGUAAUGUUUUGAACUUUAUGGAAUUCCGUAUCCCAGGACCGGACAAUGGUAGCAAUUUGCAUGCGAGGAAGUGAAUAGAAGCUUCUCGGUCGGUCAUCGGGAAAUCAUCGAAAGCGAGAAUAAGGCGAAAAAUAUGGAACUCUCGCUCUGCAUAAUCUGGUUUUUCUAAUCAAACGGCCUAUAACGUUGAAGAAACUCACGCCGCGCUUAAUUUAUCCUUCGGAUCUAUCGUUUCGCCAUCUUGAAACAAUGAUAGAAAAAGCGAAUCUGGAUUCGAAAAUCGGAUUCGUUUGAAGAUGGCUUGAAAAGCACUUCUUGAAAAUGCAGGAUUUUAGGACGAAAUUUCGAAAAAAAAGCCUUCUGGUUUCAUAUCUCGCAACCUCGAGCCACAGCCUUAAGUCAUUAUAAGAUUAUUUCAUUAUAAUUUAGAUCAAGUUUAUCUAUUAGCUUUUUCUGCAAUAAAUUUCUAUCAACUCUUUCAGAAUGAAAAUUUCCCGUUUUUUUUCACGUCAAGUCGUAUCCUUUAUGAAAUUAUAUCUUGUGAAAUUAUCAGACUUUCAAUCACUUUUAAAAAAACAACCUUGCGACCAUUCCGAAAAAUUAGUAUCUGAAGGAAGAUACUCCGGACCUAUCAAUCACCUUGUCGGCGUUCCCUUUUUGUAACUUUGGCGCGGCAGACGGGAAGCUUGAAUUACCCCGUCACAUUUUUUGCAUAGAAGCCGCGCUAUUUGUGGUUUUUACCGGCAAUUUGUAGCAGCAUGCAGCUGAAGAAGGAAGAGGGGAGAAGAUGUUCAGAAGAGGAAGGGAUGUGUUUAAGGCGGAGAUGGAUCAUCGGCUGAGGAGACACGAGAGGCUGGAGAGAAAGUGGGCGAAAAAUACAGGGACGUCGAGCCGGUUACGACGAAGCGCAACACACGCAACACGCAGAAAGCGAACGCCACUGCCGCGAUGAAUGCCGUCGGGAGCUCGGUCGUGCUGAAACUCGUGCUUCUCCUCGUCUUCUUUUCCACAGGUUCUUUUUUCACGUUAUUCGCCUUUUUCAUUUUAAUUGAAUCUUUCUUUUCCAAAAACGUCUGAUGCUCACUUGAAUAUUUAAUUGCUGUUAACUCGGUUCUUUGUCAAACACUGAAAUGGCUAGAAUAUUACAACAGCUUUAAACUAUGCCAGCUUCCGACGAGCUAUGAUUUUUAAGAAAAAAGACUUCGUCGUCUUUUUUUUUAUAUAGUCCUACUAGUUGCGCUUUGAGUUUGUGGCCGAACUUCUCAAAUUUUUCGUAGAAACCUUGAAGCAAAAUCUGCCGGAUAAUAUUGAGAAUUUCAACGAAUUCUCUUCUUGAAAGAACAUCUUGUUUUUUUGCAACGAUCGACACACGGGCAAGCAUCUGAGUAGAUUCUUUCUCUAUUAAAGGCAUGGGGCAGUAAAAAACAGGGUUUGAAGUGAGUAGUAUCUUAUUGAACUUUUUUCUGAAAACAAAACUGUAGUCGAAGAAAAAUUACACACCGAUAACAAAGGAAACGCAAAAGAUUGCUAUCCCAAUCGAUAUUUAUGAAAAAUAAUCACUUUUCCCAAGAGAAACAUUUUACAAUCAAAAUUUGCCAAUUUUCAUUAAUAGAAAGUUUUCAUGACGGAAAAACUUUGGUGACAGCAGAAAAAAUUGAAAUUUAAAAAAAUCGAAAAAAAAUCCAAAAAAAUGGCGUAGGGUGAUGCACAUAGAGCAACUUUACUGCAAACGCUAUUUUUGCGGGAAUUAAAACUUUUCACUCUCCGACUUUGAAAUAUUUUUUCUCCAAAACUAGAAGUUUUGUACGUUUCCAAGUUUACUGUUUGACAGGCAAGAAAGAACUUUCCAAAAUGGCCUCAACCCUAUUUCUUAUUGCCUUUAUAUCAUUAAAUAGCAUGAGGGAGUUGUUUUCCUAGGUCGGGGCAAUAGGAGUAAUUGAAGUUAGGAACUUUUCUUCUUUCAACUCUGAGAGGGACGAUUUCACUGGGAAAUCCCAAUUGUAGCGAAGUGCUCGAACGAAUAUGAAGAUUUGUUUGAAUUAAAAAAAGAGUAAUAAUAGCAUAGAUAAAGUUUGAUUUAUAAUUUCCUGUCAAUAUUCUAUCAAUCUCAUUUUUCUUCGAGAAAUUAUUAUUCAUGAGGUAUUCGCAUUUUGCGGUUUUUCUCUUCAACCAACCCGUUGUUGUGUUUUCGGUUUUGUUUUUUCUUGAAAUAUUGUUACAUUCGAAAGGAAUCCGCCAAACAAUUUUUAAUUUUUUUUUUUCCUAGGACUUAUUGAUAACAGGUUUUCCUUGCAGUGGGUUCCAAAACAACGCAGUUAAUCUACAAGCGGUUCACAAUCGACACCUGUCGGACAAAUCCUUGCUUGAACGGAGGAACCUGUACGCCCGGAAAGUUAGCUUGUCAAUGUGCACAAGGCUGGAUGGGCCGUUAUUGCCACAGUAAGUCCUAACCAAACAAGAUUUUCUGUCGGCGCUUCAAUCUGAUCGGGAACCUUUUAUGAGUAUGGAUUGCGCGUGUUUUUUUCCUAAUCUUAUCGCCUUUCUCCCUUCGGUUGGCAUGGGAAGUGCGAACACUUGCCUCGUAAGCGUUUCAAUUGGAUUGCUUCGCAGAUUACGUGAGCGGCGUUCGGAACGCGCUCAAAGCUGGAUUUCAGCGGGAAGAAGAAGUCCCGUCAGCGGAGACUUGCCAAGAUUUUUCGGUCGACCAAGCCUGUCUGUAGAGAUAAUCUGGCUAAGGACCAUGUUGCGCAACGUGUUUUGGAUAAAUGAUGGGCUUUUAAAAAUGUCGCAUUAUUAAAAAAAACCUUUAGAAUGGAGUGCAAGCUUGGAGAAAUAAAAACAAGAACAAAAAAGCUGGCCUGUUUUCACACUGUCUUUCUCUGGCGUUUUUCGAUUUAAAAUAUCGCAAGAGCUAUGAGUCAAGGAUAUAAUUUAAAAAAAUUCAGGAAAGUGUCGCAACAUUUACAAAAGUUGUGACCGCUGGGCCAUUGAAGACAAGUGCCAUACAGUACUCACUCAAACCAAUUUUUUCGACGUUAACUGCGCCGUAUCGUGUAAAAUGUGCGACGUUGAUCCAGAAUAUGGUGUGUGAUAUUUGACGAACAUCGAAAUGUUCUUUGUAUUUACAGUGGCGCCUGAGAUUCCACUGGCCCCCGCUCUGGAACCGAUGCAGUUUUUCUUAGGAACGUGGCACUCACAGGUUCUUGAAGAUCAAUUCUUCUUGAAAACAAUUUUUUUUAGGCAACGAAGGGCUUGCGAUUCCCGACCGAUCUCUACGAUAACGAAUAUGAGGAAACUAUUGACAUUGCUCCAGCCACAGUUCCGAUGUUCGGACCUCCGUCUCUGAACUACACGUGAGUCAUUACAGUGAAACUGGUACAAAUCUGCUUUCUUGCAUCCAAUUAGCUGAAUGUCAAUCACUUCAGAAGCACUUCAUGGUUCAAAGAUGACAUGAGAAUCAUUCACGGUUUCAUCACUCUCAAACCAAACUCAUUCCCUCCAGAAGUCGCAAUUUUGAGUACGAGUAAUGAAGGUUUCCAAUACGAAUGAAAGACAUUUUCCCUUUUUAUCAUUCAGGCCUGAAUAUGAUUGAACUCGGAACUUUGAAACAUCAUGUAUUGACUUUGAACGUUUCAUACAUGCAAGUUCAUCCAACUAUGGACAGCAGUGUUCUUCCGCUUGGGGUAAAUUUUUUUAAGUGGAAGAAGUUUUCCAAUUUUACAGGCAACUCGAAGGUUCCGAAGAGUAGGAUCAUUACUCGAAAUGACGGUGGCAAAAUUAUUCUCCGAUAAUAAGGUUAGACUAUUUCGCUACGGAGUAAUUUAAAAAAAAUUUUGAUUGAAGGAGUUUUCUUCGAAAAAUCCCUUCUUUUCGAAGUUUUUGAAACGUAAAAUUAAUAGCUUUCUUUCAGGUUUCGCAGUUCAAAAAGAUGUUCAAGAAAAAUAGCAGACUACUCCUUCUAAAAAAAUUUCCGUAG